AUGCGGGGCAACAAGAAAUCAGUAAUUGUUGGUACUGUCAACGACAACGCAGAUGACCUACAACGACAUCUUGGAAAUCGCCAAAUCCAACUGAUCGCUAUUGGUGGCUCAAUUGGAACUGCCUUGUUUAUUAGUAUUGGCGGUGCGCUCAACUCAGGAGGCCCGUUAGGUAUACUAAUUGCAUAUGCCGGUUACUCUGGUAUCAUUGCUCUUGUCAACAACGCCAUGGCAGAAAUGGCAUGCUUCAUGCCUGUGUCGGGAGGCUUUAUCCGGCUAGCGGGGCAUUGGGUAGAUGAUGCUCUUGGAUUCAUGGCCGGAUGGAACUUCUUUUUAUACGAAGCGCUUCUUAUCCCCUUUGAGAUCACAGCACUGAACUUAGUGCUGAACUUCUGGAGAGACGAUAUUCCUGUCGCAGCCGUCUGUAGCGCAGUUAUCGUGCUAUAUGCUGCCUGCAAUAUUCUCGCGGUUAAAGCCUACGGUGAAGCUGAGUUCUGGCUAUCAGGCGGCAAGGUUAUCUUGAUCCUUAUCCUGUACGCAUUCACCUUCUUUACUAUGGUCGGGGCAAACCCACACAAGGACCCGUACGGUUUCCGGCAUUGGAGAGAUCCUGGGCCGAUGAACGCGCAUCAUAACGGAGGAAUGGGCCGCUUCGAGGGCUGGCUAGGAUCACUCUGGGCUGCCUCAUUCUGUAUCGUCGGACCUGAGUACAUCUCUAUGGUAGCUGGCGAGGCAAAACGCCCACGUGUCUACAUUAAGAUGGCAUACAAGACGUUGUACUACCGCUUUGGUGCCUUUUUUAUCUUAGGAGCACUUUGUGUUGGUAUCGUCUUGGCUUACAACGAUCCUGAGCUGGUAGCUGUCUUGGAAUCGGGGGAGAAGAGUGCUGCAGCCUCUCCAUACGUCAUUGCUAUGAAGAACAUGAGCAUCGACGGUCUGCCGCAUCUCGUCAAUGCGCUCUUGGUCACCAGUAUUUUCUCAGCAGGCAAUACCCUGACGUAUUGUGCAACUCGCAGCUUGUACGCCCUGGCAAUUGAAGGGCGAGCCCCAAAGAUCUUUCGAAAGUGCACGAAAGCAGGCGUUCCCAUCAAUUGCUUCCUUUUAGUCAUGCUAUUUCCGUUCCUCUCCUUCCUCCAGUUGUCUGACAACUCCGCCAAGGUGCUCACCUGGUUGACGAAUAUCAUUACUGCCGGUGGAGUGAUUAACUUCAUCGUCAUGUGUGGUACGUACAUCGCAUUUCACAAGGCUUGUCAAGUUCAGGGACUCGAUCGAAAAACGCUGCCAUAUUGCGGCUACUUCCAGCCAUACGGGACCUGGCUUGCACUCAUUUUCGAGAUUCUCGUAGUGUUUGUGUAUGGCUAUUCGACCUUUAAGCCAGGAAACUUUACUGUUGAAGGAUUUUUCACCUAUUACACAAUGGUUGGCGUGGCCCCGGCUUUGUUUGUCUUCUGGAAAUUCUACAAGAAGACAAGGUGGCUAAAGCCACACGAAGUGGAUCUUGUGUGGGAUGGCCCUCUAAUAGAUGCUUAUGAGGCAUCUUUUGUCUCGCCUCCAGUCACUUUCUGGACCGAAGUGGUACAGCUGAUGGGUUUCAAACGUCAUGUACCAGUUGACAAGCGAGAUGAGUAGAAAUGUUAGCCUUUCGCGGACCCAUUUCUCUUCCCACGCGGUGUAGGG